CGACGGUUGGGUGUGUGUUGUCGCGGUAUCGGUUCUUGAAUUCCAGAAAGCAAGGCCCAAUCAGGGCGCGAGGUCCUAUGUUGCCUCAGCUGCCUUAGGUUCCGCUCGUGUGGUAGCAGGCUGUGUCAGGUCACAUGUGGAUCAGAACACCCUCUGGCUGCAUCAAGUUGAGCUGGCCAACAAAAUGAUGCUCUUCAAUCUACCAGUGGAGCUCCAUGAGAAGAUCCUGGGCUACCUGCAUGACCUGGACCUGAUGUCAGCCAGCCAGGUCUGCCAGCUGUGGCACCAGCUGUCUGAGGGCUUCUGCCGCAGAUCGGUGCAGAACCAGGUGCCAGAUGAUGUGCUGGAGGAGCUGCGCACCGAGCUUACGCCGGCGGCUGACGAGCUUGCCGGGGAGCAGCCGGACGCCGACGGCCGGUGGACCGAGCUGUACCGGCGCUGGAUGCAGUCGCAGCUGCGCUGCCAGCGGCCGUGGCGCGUCAGGAACACACACUACUUUCCGUUCACGGUGCUGGCGAUGUUCGCCGACGGCUCUCGCCUGUUCGCGGCCGACUCGGAGGGCGUGCUUACCGUGCAGAACAUGAAGGGUAGGCUCGACCUAAACCCCAGUCACCGGCUCUACCUGCACGAUGGGCACAUCAACCAGAUCGUGCCCGUGUGGCGGCUGCGGCUGCUGGUGGUGACCGGCGCCGACACACACUUCAUCCUGGACGGCGCGCCGCCGCGCCUCCUCAUGUGCACGGAGAACAUGUCGGGCCAGCGGCGCGUCAGCGUCCACGGCGACCAGCUGGCCACCAUGAAAGACGUCUAUCAGCGCACCUGCAUCACCGUCUACCGGAUGUCGGUGGACGAACGCUGGACGCGUCUUGAGCCGCUCUACGACGUGCACUGCCCGCACGCUGCGUUCCAGUGGAGCCUGUGGCGCGACCAGCUGGUCUGCUUCCUGCGCUCGGGCGAGCUCUGCGUGUGGGACCAGGCGGCGGCCGCCUGGCACCGCCACCCGGACGCCUACACCGAACUGCGGUACGAGAACCCCGCCUGGGUGGUGCGCGACACCGUGCUCUGCUCCACGCUGGUGCAGCGCCAGCUCAUGGGCUACUGGCACCAGGACCGCGACUUCACCUACUGGCUCCAGGGCCGCGUCUGCCAGCCGCUGGUGCGGGCCGCGCCCGCAUUUAACGAGAACAUUCUCUGCUUGUGCGCGCGCCGCUCGCUCGUCGUCGCCGGCACGCAGUCGGGUAAGCUGCUGUUCUUCCACUCCGGCGUGCGUGACCGCGGCGUGCCGGGGCUGCGCGAGCCCGACCGCAGCUGCGUCUCGGACGUCAAGCUGACAGCGCCGGUCUGCGUCAUCUCCCUCGGCUUCAAUGCCAUCGAGGGCGUGGCCCUCGGCUUCUCCGACCACUUGGUCUCCGUGUUCGUCAAGUCGCGUAAGAACAUGGUCGAGCUUAUUGAGGUGGCAGUCGCGAACUUAUUCCGGUAGAUACAAACAAAAACGUCAGUGAUGAAGAAAAUCUGCUGCAAAGCUACCAAUUUAGAAAAACCCUCUCACUGGGCUGCCAGGUCCGCAAAAUACCAAACGUAUACAUCAUGCACCGCUGUGGGUGCGCGACGGAGCGGCGACCAGUGCCCUAUAAUAACAGCGCAACAGCGCUGUUAUUACAGGGCCUUGUAUCGUAGAUUGCCGCCCAUCGCCCGCGCCGACCAUAGACCACCGUUUCACAUUCAAGGGAGCACGGUGCUGUUGUAUGAUUUUAUUUCCCCCAUUUUGCCUGUAGAACACUUGCUUUUUUAAAAUAUUCCGGCUCAAACUGUCAAUUUCUGUUCAGGUUGUCGCCUCCAGAUUCCAGUCUCGCCUCUCUAGUCUUCAUGGUUCCCGCGAUCUCUCAGUCUUGAUUACGCUCAUGCCCAAUAAAUCCAAAAUCAUUCUGCAGUACGUUAGUACAAACAUGUUUCUCAAUGCCUGUUAGCUUUUGUUUUAUUUUCGGCUCCCUGGCUCGUUCUUGUUCCGUUCAGUUUUGGUUAUAUGCCGAAAGCACCUACUUCUUCAUGCAUACCACUUCCGUGUUUAAUCCAUAUUUAUUAUGCCGGUCAAUUUUGUGUUAACAGCAGGAGCUGUCAGGGAGCACAGCCGGAAAACUUGGUAGCUUUGCAGCAGAUUUUUGGCGAUAAGUGGCGUUUUUAUAUACACAGGAACAAAUACGCGUGGCGGUCAGUGGCCGGGAGUCACAGGUCAGCUGACAUCGGGCCGGGAGUCACGAGUCAGCUGGCGUCGGACCGGGAGUCACGAGUCAGCUGACGAAGGACCGGAAGUCACGAGUCAGCUGACGUCGGACCGGGGCUGGCGAGAGCGCAUGCUGAGGGAGAGUCAGAGGGAGCGGAAGCCGCGCCUUCCCGCCGUGUAGCAGGGUCAGGUACAGCUGUCGAGAAACGCUGGGGCACGAACUCUAUGUGUUGGGAUGCGGGCUCGUGUCUUGCCGUUGGUUGAUGAAGCGCGCUAAUGUGGGUUACCUUCCCUGUCCACAUCAUGUCUUUCCCCCCGGUUGUGUUCCUACGUUGUGAUUGGCCUUGCGCCGUGGCGCUGUGACUCGUUUUUUUCUGUCAUUUGCCGUGUGGAAUGAACCAUGCCGCUGCUGCAUUGUAAGUAUUGUACCGGGCUAUGUAUGCGUUUGUGUUUGCGGUCUGGUGUCCGGAAGUACGGGUUGGAUGAAUUUGAAAGGACAUAGCCAGUAAUCAGCAAUAUUUUGCAACCUUUGAUCAGUGUUUUGCAAUGAUGUACCAUUGACGGGGAUCUGAGCCAUCCAUUUGUAAUAUAUGUGA